GUGACGUCGUCCCUCACACGCGGUCCAGCGUGGUUCGAGCGGGUGUCUUCGGUCCGGCUUGAGAAGUUACGAGCUUUCUUACCCCACGCAGGCCGGGCCCAACGGUCUGGUACCAGUCCUGUCGGCAAGAUGGUGAAGCCCAAGUACAAAGGACGGAGCACCAUCAACCCCUCUAAUGCCAGCACAAAUCCCGAUCGAGUGCAGGGAGCAGGAGGCCACAACAUGAGGGACCGGGCCACAAUUCGACGCCUGAAUAUGUACAGACAAAAGGAGCGCAGGAACAGCCGUGGUAAAGUGAUUAAGCCUCUGCAGUAUCAGUCAACGGUGGCAUCUGGCACAGUGGCAAGAGUGGAGCCGAACAUUAAGUGGUUUGGAAAUACACGUGUGAUUAAGCAGUCAUCAUUACAAAAAUUUCAAGAGGAAAUGGACACAGUCUUGAAGGAUCCAUACAAAGUUGUCAUGAAGCAAAGCAAGUUACCCAUGUCUCUUCUCCAUGAUCGAAUCCGGCCUCAUAAUGCAAAGGUGCACAUCCUUGAUACUGAAAGCUUCGAAACAACAUUUGGCCCUAAAGCACACAGGAAGCGGCCAAAUUUAUUUGCAAGUGAUAUGCAGUCACUUAUAGAAAAUGCAGAAACAUCCACUGAGAGCUAUGACCAGGGCAAGGAUCGUGACUUGGUAGCUGAAGACACUGGUGUGAGAAAUGAAGCCCAAGAAGAGAUAUUUAAAAAGGGACAGUCUAAAAGAAUAUGGGGUGAGCUCUACAAGGUGAUAGAUUCAUCAGAUGUCGUGGUUCAAGUUCUUGAUGCUAGAGAUCCAAUGGGUACACGUUCCCCUCACAUUGAGACUUACUUGAAAAAAGAGAAACCCUGGAAACAUCUCAUUUUUGUUCUUAACAAAUGUGACCUUGUUCCAACCUGGGCAACGAAACGAUGGGUUGCCGUCCUCUCCCAGGAUUACCCGACACUUGCUUUCCACGCGAGUCUUACUAACCCCUUUGGCAAAGGAGCAUUUAUUCAGCUUCUGCGGCAGUUUGGAAAGUUGCACACGGACAAGAAACAGAUCAGCGUGGGGUUCAUUGGCUAUCCAAACGUUGGCAAGAGCUCUGUGAUAAACACGCUGCGCUCCAAGAAGGUUUGCAACGUGGCCCCCAUCGCAGGUGAAACAAAGGUCUGGCAGUACAUUACCUUGAUGCGUCGGAUCUUCCUCAUUGACUGUCCGGGUGUGGUUUACCCCUCCGAGGACUCGGAGACAGACAUUGUGCUGAAAGGAGUCGUUCAAGUUGAAAAAAUUAAGACUCCUGAAGACCACGUUGGUGCUGUACUUGAACGAGCAAAACCAGAAUAUAUCAGCAAGACAUACAAGAUUGAUUCUUGGGAGAACGCUGAGGACUUUCUGGAGAAGCUAGCUUUCCGGACAGGGAAGUUAUUAAAGGGUGGAGAGCCUGACCUGCGGACUGUAGGGAAGAUGGUCCUCAAUGACUGGCAGAGGGGCCGGAUUCCCUUCUUUGUCAAGCCGCCCAAUGCAGAAGCCCCAGCAGCCCCCGAGCUUCCAUCCUCCGCAUCUUUGGAAGUUGCCACAGAAACAACCCAGAACAACCCAGAAGAGGAAGUCACAGAAAUUGUAGGUGAGGAGUCGGAAUCCAUCCUCGAGAAGGAAAAAGAGGAGCCCCAGCACUGUGGCAUCGAUUCAGAAAUGCAGCAGAUUCUGGCGCGGGUCCGGCAGAACUUUGGCAAGAUCAAUGUUACACCUCAGUUUUCUGGGGAUGACCUGGUUCCUCUGGAGAUGUCCGAUAUUGAUGACGAGCUGGAGAGCCUUUCUGCAGAGAGGGAGGAGGAGGAGGAGGAACAGGAGCACCCAGGAGACGAUGAGGACGAGUCUUACGCAGAGUCCCAGGAGGAACACACAGGACGCACCACUAAGGCCGUUAUUCAAGCCCUGGAUGAAAAGAUCGCCAAGUACCAGAGGUUUUUAAACAAAGCCAAAGCUAAGAAGUUUUCAGCAAUCAGGAUAUCCAAGGGACUGAGUGAAAUGGUUUUUGCAAAAUCUGAAGGACAAAAAAAAAGAAAAGCUGAAGAAGAUGUAGACAAUACAGCACCGACCAAAAAGGGAAAGAAGAGGAAAGCACAGAGGGAAGAGGGGCAGUCAGACAAAACUCGCAGGACGCUUACAUCUAAGGAGAGGCGGCGAGAAGCACGGCAGCAGAGAUCCAAGAAAGUCGGUGUCCGCUACUAUGAGACACACAACGUGAAAAACAGGAACCGGAACAGAAAGACCACCGACCCAGAAGGGCAGAAACACAGGCACAAGAAAGCCAGACAGAAGCAGUAACGUGUUAAACGUUGUUUAUUAAAUUAUACAAAAACAUGCAA